CAUCGGAGCAGCGGGAGAGAGGCAGGCACUCGGGCAGCGGGGAGACCGACGGCCGGGAGAGAAAUCGGAAUAUUUCUUUUCUUUCUUUUUUUACUGAAUCCAGGGCGUAUGCUCGCGUUUUCAGAGGGCCGCCAUGCACGUCUUCGGAGAGGAAUAUAAGCGGCAGUGGCUUUAACAUCUUUAAAAGAUCGUUUUUUUUUCCGGCUGCAUAUAAUAACGGGAUAUUCAAGAGCUGUGCUACACUGGGCGUGCUUAGCGCAAUAUCGCGCUGUAUCCCAUUCAGCCAUUCAGUCACAUUAUAAUAAAUCCUGCUGGCUAGCAUAUAACCCCUCAGACUGCCAGCCAUUUCGGCAGGCUUAGCUUAGUUAACGUUAGCUAGCUAACCUAGCUAGGUUAGCUAGUUAGCGUUAGCUAGCAUCUAGUUAGCUUUAUAGCUUGCUAGGUUAGCUGGUUAGCUGCUUGGGCAGCUUCAGUCUGCCGCGGAUGUUGGGAGCAGAAUUUGGACCGUUGGUUUUAAUUGACACGAACGACGUAGCGUUAGCUUAGCUUAGCUAGCUACAGUAGAUUUAAUAGAUAUCUAACGCUAGCUAUAUAAUAGACAUCCCACGGUACGGCGGUCGUCGACACGAAUCAAGAAGGGAUUAGGGAGCCGGGUUGCUAGCUAGACGAGGAGCGGGCAGAAGGAGAAGAAGGAGAGAAGGUGGGGCGGAGGAGUGUCAAACCUACCUAACAGACACUGCAAGAACCAGGCGAGCCCGCUGGCUGGCUAGCAGGCUAGCCGCUUAGCCCUUUUCAGUCAUCGGUAACGUUAUUUCGUGGGAAUAAUCCUGAGGAAAAAUCACCACCCUUCAUUAUUUGCUCCUUUCUGUUCGUUUUCGGAGCCAUUUUCGCCCUCAUUUCAGCGCAGAACUGACAGCGCUGAUAGCGGUUACAUUUUUCUGAAGCACGAAUCACAGAUCUGGACCGAUUUUACAGAAGAUAAUCUAACUGUAACACCCAGAAUCACUGUUCUCCCGGACCAUGGCCGACGACGACGUGCUGUUUGAGGAUGUGUACGAGCUCUGUGAGGUGAUCGGAAAGGGGCCGUUCAGUGUGGUGCGCAGAUGCAUCAACAGAGACACGGGGCAGCAGUUUGCUGUGAAGAUUGUGGACGUGGCCAGCUUCACCUCCAGCCCUGGACUCAGCACAGAAGAUCUGAAACGAGAGGCUAGUAUCUGUCACAUGCUAAAGCACCCACACAUUGUAGAGCUACUGGAAACCUACAGCUCAGAUGGAAUGCUCUACAUGGUUUUCGAGUUUAUGGAUGGAGCAGAUCUGUGUUUUGAGAUUGUGAAGAGGGCAGAUGCAGGUUUUGUGUACAGUGAGGCGGUUGCCAGCCACUACAUGCGCCAGAUACUGGAGGCGCUGCGCUAUUGCCAUGACAACAAUGUCAUUCACAGAGACGUGAAGCCUCACUGUGUGCUCCUGGCAUCAAAAGAGAACUCAGCUCCUGUCAAACUGGGAGGCUUUGGGGUGGCAAUUCAACUGGGUGAAUCUGGCCUGGUGGCUGGAGGUCGAGUGGGGACUCCACACUUCAUGGCUCCUGAAGUGGUGAAGAGGGAGCCGUAUGGUAAGCCGGUGGAUGUGUGGGGAUGUGGAGUUAUUCUCUUCAUCUUGCUCAGUGGCUGCUUGCCCUUCUACGGCACCAAGGAGCGGCUGUUCGAAGGAAUCAUUAAAGGGAAAUACAAGGUAAUGAACCCUCGGCAGUGGAGCCACAUUUCUGAGAGCGCCAAAGACUUGGUGCGCCGCAUGCUGAUGCUGGACCCUGCUGAGAGAAUCACUGUCUACGAGGCCCUCAACCACCCCUGGCUUAAAGAGAGGGACCGCUAUGCCUACAAGAUCCACCUGCCCGAGACGGUGGAACAGCUGAGGAAAUUCAACGCCAGGAGGAAGCUGAAGGGCGCAGUGCUGGCUGCUGUCUCCAGCCAUAAAUUCAACUCAUUCUAUGGGGACCCCCCAGAAGAGAUGCAUGACUUCACAGAGGACCCCACGUCCUCAGGAUUGCUUGCUGCAGAAAUAGGGGCCGUGUCCCAGGUGCUGGACAGUCUGGAAGAGAUCCAUGCGCUGACCGACUGCAGUGAGAAGGAUUUGGACUUCCUGCACAGUGUCUUCCAGGACCAACAUCUACACACGCUGCUGGAUCUUUAUGAUAAGAUCAACACAAGGUCUUCACCACAGAUCAGGAAUCCUCCCAGUGAUGCUGUUCAGAGAGCCAAAGAAGUUCUGGAGACCAUCUCCUGCUACCCAGAGAACAUGGAGGCUAAAGAGCUGAGGAGGAUCCUCACACAGCCACACUUUAUGGCCUUGCUGCAGACGCAUGAUGUUGUGGCUCAUGAGGUGUACAGCGAUGAAGCCCUGAGGGUCACACCCCCACCCACUUCCCCUUAUCUGAACGGAGACUCGCCUGAGAGUGUGAACGGAGACAUGGACCUGGAGAACGUUACCCGAGUCCGGCUGGUACAGUUCCAGAAGAACACAGACGAACCUAUGGGGAUAACUCUAAAAAUGAAUGAUCUGAACCACUGCAUUGUAGCCCGGAUUAUGCACGGAGGAAUGAUUCACCGGCAAGGAACACUGCAUGUAGGAGAUGAAAUUCGUGAGAUUAAUGGCAUCAGUGUAGCUAAUCAGACCGUGGAGCAGCUUCAGAAGAUGCUGAGAGAGAUGCGUGGGAGCAUCACCUUUAAGAUUGUACCAAGUUACCGCAGCCAGUCCCUGUCGUGUGACAAAGAAUCACCUGACCUGUCCAGACAAUCUCCAGCCAAUGGGCAUGCCAGCAUCACCAGCUCCAUUCUGGAUCUGCCAUCCACCAUACAACCCAAAGGACGACAGAUCACCAGACCUGCAAUCAAGGAUAAAAUGUCCAUGAAGAUAUUUGUGCGAGCGCAGUUCGAGUACGACCCAGCUAAAGAUGACCUCAUCCCCUGCAAGGAAGCCGGUAUUCGCUUCCGGGUGGGAGACAUCAUCCAGAUCAUCAGCAAAGACGACCACAACUGGUGGCAGGGCAAGCUGGAGAACACCAAGAAUGGCACAGCUGGCCUCAUUCCCUCUCCUGAGCUACAAGAGUGGCGAGUGGCUUGCAUAGCAAUGGAGAAAACCAAGCAGGAGCAGCAGGCCAGUUGCACCUGGUUUGGCAAAAAGAAGAAACAGUACAAAGACAAAUACCUAGCUAAGCACAAUGCAGUGUUUGACCAACUAGAUCUCGUCACAUAUGAGGAAGUUGUGAAGCUGCCUGCUUUCAAGAGGAAAACGCUGGUGUUGUUGGGGGCUCACGGCGUUGGCAGGCGACACAUCAAGAAUACACUAAUCGCUAAGCACCCAGACCGAUUCGCCUACCCCAUUCCACACACGACCAGACCCCCUAAGAAGGAUGAGGAGAACGGCAAGAACUACUACUUUGUGUCCCACGACCAGAUGAUGCAGGACAUCUCAAACAACGAGUACCUGGAGUACGGCAGCCACGAGGACGCCAUGUACGGCACACGGCUGGAGACCAUCCGCAAGAUCCACGAGCAGGGCAUGGUCUCCAUCCUGGAUGUAGAACCGCAGGCCCUGAAAGUUUUGCGGACGGCUGAAUUUGCCCCCUAUGUUGUUUUCAUCGCUGCACCUACUAUCACCCCUGGUAUGAAUGAGCUCCCCAGGUGGUGUAGAAAACUGUCCGACGAGUCUCUCCAGAGGUUGCAGAAGGAGUCUGAGGCCCUGCAGAAGUCCUACGCUCACUACUUCGACAUGACCAUAAUCAACAACGAGAUCGACGACACCAUCCGGCUGCUGGAGGAAGCCAUCGAUCUGGUGUCCACCACCGCUCAGUGGGUGCCGGUGUCGUGGGUUUAUUAGCGCCCCCCACAGGCCACUGCCGUUACCCCCUACACUGACAUGGUACAGCCCCGCCCCUCAAAAGAAACAAAAAGAAAAAAUGAAAACAAAACAGAAAAGAAACGAGCCACACGUGCGUCUCUAACAGACUCGAAACACCUCUGGUUCAAGCGGUGACGUCAUCACGACCCUCCUGUGGGACUGCGAAGGUGUGGUGUUGUAUAUAUCGAAGCAUAUAAAUAUAUAAAUAUGAAUAUAAAAGAAUUAAUAUGGUCCUGUACUUAUAGCUAGGGGAUUGAUAUUUUAUACUUUCUUUUUGAAUGAAAGAGACGGCGUCUCAGAGCAAUGAUGAGCACAGCAAGAUGUUUGGGGGGGGGUGUUGGUGGGCCGACGAACAGGGGCUCCGCCCCGGACCACUGGCCAGUCUUAACCCUCUGGCCCGUCCGUGGUGCUUCAGACCGGGUACGGAAAUGACCCUCGUCCCCCUGCGAAAGCCGACCGACCGACCCCAUCCAGUCCAACCCAGUACAAUCCCACAUUCCUCGGGUGUGGUCGCCGCGUCACGUCCCCGGACAGAUGAUAAGCACAGUCGACUCGGCCACGCCUCGAUCUCCCCGGCCCUCUCUUUAUUUAUUUUCCAGAAGCAUCAGCACAGACUGAACGGACACGGCCAUGUCGGACGCUCACAGACUUUAGACAGUAUUGUGUGGGUCCUUCAUUCUCAGCGCCCUCUCUCUCUCUCUUUCAUUCAUUCCUGUUUGUUUACAGCUCUCAGUUUGCACAAAAAGGACAAUAGAGAUGGAUGCUCUCUCUCUCUCUCUCUCUUUCUCUCUCUCUCUCUCCUCCGUCUCUCAGUUCCUCCUUCUUAUUUCUCUCCAAGUGAAUCCUUCGAAAAGAUAAAACAGUUUGAGAGUGCAGUGUGUUUGGUGUUUACCCGUGUCAAACUCCGUCAAAUCUAUGGAAGAGAACAUCUGAGUCACUUGGAAGAACCGAUAGCGACGACAAAAAAAAAAAUAAAAUAAAGAAGAAAAUUGUCCGAGGGAGGCAGGGGAAACGGACUGACACCUAUGCACAUCCCCCGCAACUCUGGGUGACCCUCUGAAUGGACAGCUUUUCUCAUGCCCUGUGAAGUGACGUGUUUGUAAAUUGUCUUCGAAUUUGAUUUGUCGUGUGGGUGGGGGGAAGAGAAUACUCAUUACUGGAUCCAUCAUUUCAGAAACGUGUUGUCUUAAGAGUAUUAUUGUUUUAUGUUUAUCCCAAGAAGAUGGAAACUGAGGGUAUUUUAUUGUGUGUAAAUGUUUCAAUGGUGCGUACAAUAUGCGAGUGAAAUGAAGAAUUGGUGUGUGCAUAAACAUAAAUGAACUCA